AGUUCCCACCGGACUCUUAUCUGUGUCCCCCCAGCCGAUAACGACAACGAAACAGCCUGAUUCUGCGCAACCGCUUUUGCGCCCAGUGAUCAAUGACCGAGAAAAACGCUGCGCAAACGGGCACGAGACCCGAACACUCCGGCAAUGGUACCUUAGGAAAUCUGAAGAACAAUAUGGCCGAGGGAGACGCUAUCAAAAUGGACUCAACCGCCAAAGAUAACUCGCGAAAUUCUCCAGCGUCCAAAGGUGAAAACGCUGCUGCGGGGACUCACGCCAGCCCCAAGAAGCGUCGCAAGGUUAAUCAUGCAUGCGUCUACUGUCGGCGAUCGCAUAUGACUUGCGAUUCGGAGCGGCCGUGUACAAGAUGUAUAAAGCGCAAUAUUGGCCACCUGUGCCAUGACGAACCUAGAGAACCUUCGAAGCGCGCUCGGAGUGAACAUGAACAUUCUGUAGCAGAUGACGAAAGCGUGCAGAACAAUGACUUUUCGAACGUCCUUCAAGGUAUGACUAGUAAUGUCGAUGUCCAGGAUGCUGCCGGUCAGCAAAUCCUCCCUAAUGGGCUUCCAUCGUCGUCUGUGCAGCACGGCAAUCUCCCCUCUUCUUCAGGCCAAGCCCCCGGCGCAACUUCCCAGCCACUUCUCGGUUACAAUGAUUGGCUUGGCGGUCAAAGCCAAUUUCAGGAUAUGCACACUUUUCAUCCUUCGUAUAUGUUCAAUGCUCCGGAGGUCACAAAUGAGUACAACCUUCUUGGUGACUUCCUGAGUAACAGCCUCUUGGAUGAUGGGUCUAUGUUCCAGAAUGAUGAUCUGCAAGGGAUUUACUCUGAUCCGACGUUGAUCAGUUCGAUGGCAACACUCGGUGGGGGACCUAACGCGGCACUACUCCAGCAAUCGCAACCGCCGCCGUUGACCCAGAAUCAACCUUCUCAGGGCGAAUCAAUCCAAGGCCCGAUUAGUGGUGCGGUAAAUGAUAAAGCACGGGAAACGUAUUACAUGACGGCAGCAGAUCCCUCCGGGUCUGAUCCACCGGAAGAGCGAAUGAACAAACUCCUGAAGGCUAAAUACGAUGCCGGCCUUCUCAGGCCGUUUAACUACGUAAAGGGCUAUGCGAGGUUAAACCAAUAUAUGGAAAAAAAUCUGCAGCAAGCCUCGCGCCAGAAGAUUCUCCGACAACUCGAUAAGUUCAGGCCAAAGUUCCGAGAGAGAAUGCAGAGUCUGACGGAUAUCGAACUCAUCCUUGUUGAGAUGUGGUUUGAACGGAGCUUGAUGGAAUACGAUCGUGUCUUCGCUAGUAUGGCGAUUCCGGCUUGCUGCUGGAGGCGUACGGGUGAGAUCUUUCGAGGCAAUAAGGAGAUGGCAGAAUUGAUCGGAGUCCCAAUCGAAAGUCUAAGAGAUGGCAAGCUGGCCAUUCAUGAAAUUAUUGUGGAAGAUCAGCUUGUGAGCUACUGGGAGAAAUUUGGAGCAAUUGCUUUUGAUAACACGCAAAAGGCAAUGCUCACAAGCUGCACAUUGAAAAGUCCUGACUCUAAUUCUCCUGGCGAUGGGAUCUCUUGCUGCUUUUCAUUUACAAUCCGGAGAGAUCCGCACAAUAUUCCGUCUCUUAUUGUUGGAAACUUCCUGCCAUCUCAACGAAAGAGUAGAUGAAUUUAUGUCUUGAUUCCUUGUUUCAAUUUGCUGUCGGCGUAGGACUUUUGGGGGGUUUAUUGAUUUCGAAUGGACAUGCUCGGCAUGUACGCCAACCUAAGCGCUUUAGCAGCUGAACGCGCUGGAAUGUUAAGCCCAUCUCAUACAUUUCGUUAAAAUUGUAUCAUACUUCACUCUUUCUCCCUACUGCUCAUAGCGGGAGCAGCAAUGCGUUGGGAUUUGCUUGCCUGA